AUGAAGCCCGCGCUGCUUCUCCAGCUCCUGCUGUUGACUCGCUUAGCACCACAGCUGGUGUCUGGGAGUCCCAAGCAACAUUUUAUGAGAUAUAUCCUGGAACCUCCACCCUGCAGAUCGGACCCUGAAAACUGUACUCAUUUCUGCACACUGCAGGAAGAUUGCCAUCGCGGGUUUCAGUGCUGUUCUGCCUUCUGUGGGAUAUAUUCCUGGGCCCUGGAGAUCCUCCAGCCCAAGAGAUGCUUUGGUGACUUGCCCAACUGGUCCCCACUCUGCUGA